UCUCAUAUGUAUUUCUCUCGCGCAUGGCAAAUGUCAAAUGACAUAUUGCGAUAGGACGCUUGGUGUUUAGUAUCUUUGCCACAUUCUUAACUUGGAACACGAUGACUCGAUUGAUCUUCGGCUUCCUGGUUUGCGCCUUUGCGACGGCGAGUUUUGUGGACACCUACAGAUACAAGGGUAUCACAAAACGAUUUGUCUUCACAUUACGACACGGAGCAACAGAAUGAGUAUUAUGUUGAAAAGUUGCUGCGUUUGUUACGCAGUGACGAGUAUAACAGGGAAAAUAAUAGGAAUAUUCAAGAUGAAAAUUGGAACGGACGUUGGAUGCCUGACAGAUUGGGUGAUCCAAAGCCAUCUCCCAAAGUAUUGCCAAUAAGCCAGCAACAGUACCAAUAUGAAUCUGUGACAGAUCUACCUGUCGAUAUGCAUUGGACUGGACGUUGGAUGCCUGAUAGAUUAGGCGAUCCAACACCACCACCCAAAGUAUUGCCAAAGAAUCAACAACAACAUGAAUACGAAUCUAUGACGGAACCUUCUCACAUACAUAUGGGUCAUGUUUCACCAGAUUGUGAUGAUGCUAAGACUAAUUUAACUGUUGAUUGGAAUCAUACUCCAUCUGAAUAUACAUGCUAUGGUCAUAAUAUCAUACCAAGUAAGAUUACACCGAUACUUUACUGUGAGAAAAUUCCAAAGGCAUAUCAGGCUGCUCAUAAAUGUAUGAAUCAAAAAAUUGAGUAUGAUGACGAUAUCCCUCUUUAUGGUCCACAUAGACCUUUAUGGCCAGUUUACGGAGAAUACAAAUUUGUGCCCAAACAAAGAUGGUUGCAUAGUCUCGAGCAUGGAGCAAUCGUAAUGUUAUAUCACCCAUGCGCCAAUCCACUGGAAGUAGACCGAUUAAGAAACCUCGUUAACAAAUGCCUCUGGCGGCAUAUCAUCACACCAUACAGUUACCUUGAUGAGGAACGACCUUUGGCGCUUUUAUCCUGGGGAUGCAGAUUAACCAUGUCUUACGUGAACCCAACAAUUGUGAGCCGUUUUAUACGAAAAAGGGCUCUUCGCGGCCCAGAAAAAACUGCAAAAGAUGGUCAAUUUGAAGAUGGGCUGUUGAGUCGAUCGAGCGUAGUGACAGAUCCAGUUGAUUCCGAACUUUGCCCUACUAUGUAAACGAAUGUGUAUAUAUAAUACGAAUAGGGAAUGAUAUCCCCUACAAGACUUACGAUUUGUGUUUAUAUUUUGUACAUAUUAUUUAUCAAACGUAUCUAGUUAUCGUUUAUUUCUUUAUUACGUAUAAUGUUUUGUUCGAGAUUAAUUUAUUUGUAAUUUCCAAAAUUAUUCGGUAUAAAGAGCGAGAUCGUUUCCUAUGUAGCUUGUAAUUAUGUCUGUACAAGAUAUUACAAUAAAUCACAUAUGAGUACACAAA